AUGCCAAAAGAUUUAUCAGUGCCAGCUGAAAUACCUAAAGAAGACGGCAGACCCAAGUGGGACAAUAAGUUGCAGUACAUUCUAAGCUGCAUCGGAUUUGCUGUCGGUCUGGGGAACGUGUGGCGAUUUCCGUAUUUGUGCCAGAUACAUGGAGGUGGGGCAUUCCUCAUCCCGUACUUCAUCGCUCUUCUCUUCGAAGGAAUCCCACUGCUGCAUCUUGAACUGGCCCUAGGACAAUGUCUGAGGAAAGGCAGCAUCAGUGCCUGGAACAGCAUCUCGCCUUACAUUGGUGGAGUUGGAGUUGGCUCAUGGAUGGUGUCAUUUCUUGUGAGCUUAUACUACAAUACUGUUCUAACCUGGGUGAUGUGGUAUUUCAUAAACUCCUUUCAAGAACCUCUUCCUUGGAGUGUUUGUCCUCUAAAUGAAAACAGAACAGAGCUCAAUGAAGAAUGUUAUGAAAGUACUGCAGUAAAUUAUUUUUGGUACAGGAAAACUUUGAACAUAACACCUGAUGUCACUGAAAGUGGCACAUUACAGUGGUGGCUCAUUUUGUGCUUAGCAGCUUGCUGGGCAAUUGUCUAUCUCUGCACCAUCCGAGGAAUUGAAACCACAGGAAAGGCAAUUUAUGUAACAGCUAUAUUUCCUUACCUGGUCCUAACUAUAUUCCUCAUUCAAGGACUCACUCUACCAGGAGCCACUGAUGGCCUGGCUUACCUCUUCACCCCUAAUAUGAACACUUUGAAAAAUCCCCGUGUAUGGCUUGAUGCAGCUACCCAGAUUUUCUUCUCUCUCUCUUUGGGUUUUGGAGGGCUUAUUGCAUUUUCAAGCUACAAUCCACCCAAAAAUGACUGUGAAAAGGAUGCUGUGACAGUUGCAAUUGUGAACAGCAUGACAUCCCUGUAUGCUGCCAUCCCAGUAUUUUCUGUUUUGGGGUUUAAAGCAACCACAGGCUACUGGGACUGCCUGGACAGGAACAUCAACAGUAUCAUCAAUGAGUUUGAUCUUCCAGAAGAAAGCAUCAUGAGACAGAACUACACAGCCUGGAUUAGUUUCCUAAAUUCAUCAUAUCCAGAAAAAAUUGCUGGACUCAAACUGAAAAGCUGUGACCUUCAGGAAUUUCUUGAUCAGAGUGUAUCAGGAACUGGCUUAGCUUUCAUUGUUUUCACUCAAGCCAUCAUUCUCAUGCCAGGCUCCCAGGCCUGGGCCAUCCUGUUCUUCGUAAUGUUGUUCAGCUUGGGCCUUUCCUCUAUGUUCGGGAACAUCGAGGGAGUCUUCACUCCUCUUCUAGAGCUUCCAAUUAUAUCUGAAUCAAUACCCAAAGAGCUAUUAUCUGGUAUAAUAUGUCUAGUUUGCUUCCUCAUUGCUCUCUGUUUUACACUGGGCUCAGGGAGUUACUGGAUUGACAUUUUUGACAGCUAUGCAAGUUCCUUGCCUCUUCUGGUCAUCGCUUUCUUUGAAGUGAUUGGGGUUGUGUACAUCUAUAAAAUUAAAAGGUUCAGUAAAGAUUUGAAACGGAUGACUGGAAGGAAACCCAAUCUCUACUGGCAGAUCACAUGGAGGUUUAUAAGCCCUCUGCUCCUGCUAAUUGUCUUCAUAGCCUUUGUUACACUUCAGAUACAGAAGUCACCAACCUAUGCAGCCUGGAACCCUAAAUAUGAAGGCUUCCCUAUGAAAGAGGAGAAAGUUUAUGCACCUUGGGUACUGGCCAUCUGUGUGCUGUUAGCACUCCUUCCUUGUGUGUUUGUACCUCUGACAGCACUCUUCCAUCUGAUCAAACGAACGUACAGCAGCAAGGACCCAAGCUUAGUACAACCAGAAGUGUUUUCCUGUCAGGGGUCCAAUAGCAACUUCUCUCAUGCAAAAGAAUAAAUACUCAUUGCAAUGGUCUGUAAGUAAAAAUGAGACAGCCUUUAUUAGACAUGAUUAGCUGUAGUAAGGCAUCAUCCAACCAACCUGCUAUAUGCAGUUCAUAUGUUUAGUCAUUCAUUAAUAGUCUAUAAGCAAUGCUGCUUUGUUUCUUUUGUUUUCAAACAAUUUCACAACAGUUACAUUAAUCUUGACUCUCAUACACCCUGUCCUGCUGACUGAAAAAUGGCCCCAUCGCUUUUAACUCUUUCUUGCAUUGCAAACUUCAUGUGUCUUCACAGGCCAGAUUAAACUUGGGAAGCCUGCUAAUCAUUGUUAGUGCUCUGUCUUCCUUCAUUUCUUUCCAUAAAAGCACCAAUCUGUCUUAAGGAUCAGCAACAUAGAAGUGGAGCACAAGCACUUACAGUUUUGUUCACCAAUUCCUCUCUGACAGAUGUAGAAUGGAAGCUCUUAAAGAGUAAGAACUCCUCUUGUCCUUUAUACUGUACUUCCUGUAAAUCUCUAUACACCUUUAAAUAGCAAUUAGCUGUCAUUAUUUCAUAUUCUCAAGCAUUGAAAUGACCAAAAAUAAAGCACUGGAAGUGAAAAGAAUGCACAUUAAGCAAAUCUGAGUAAUUAAUUUUGCAUAAACCUAUUACCUUAGCAGAUUCCAGAACUUACUGUGGUGUAAAAUUGCAAUGGAAACAAGUGUCUCCAAUUUAUUCCCCUUAAUUGCUGAACACAGUAACUGAAUAGUGUAAUGAAAGUGGAGAUGUAUGGAAGCCUCUCAGUGCCUGCAAACUUAC